UUUCCUUAAUACGAGAUAAAAUUAUGUCAUUUAAAAUAUAACAAUUAUUUUUCCCUUAUCCUAUGAUUUUUAGUUGCACUGACACUGAGCUCAAAUACACAGCAGAUCGGCAUAAAUUCAUCACGUUCAUUUCAAAUAACUGGCUAACUCGACGAUGCACAGGUCAAAGCAUGUAUGAAGGAUUCCAUAGGACGUUCAUUCCAUGAUAAUUGCAACAAGUGAACGACAAAUCAACCAUUAAAGAUUCUUAAGUUAGGCAAAAUGAAACCAAAACUCAAACAUUAAAGAUUCUUAAAGGCAAAGUGAAACCACGAAUCAACCUUUAGACCUCUACCUACGGCGUCGUUUGGACUUAGACUUGUGGCGUUGUGGUGCUGCCGGCGACGGAGAGCGUGGCGGUGGCGUCAGGUCCUCCUAGGGCAAGUCGUAAGAUUGAGGGAGCAGCUUUGCAUGUCCUUUCACUUGGGCUUGGGCUUCAGUUACUCUUGGUCACGGUCACUUGGUCCGGUGGUCCCCCUUCAUCUUCAACCUCAGGUGUUCUCUGCCUCUGAGGUCAACACUGCACAACGCUUUAGCGGUUAUGGCUUCUUAAAUUUCUCAGGUAAGCAACUUACUAAGAUGGGAACACAGCCCCAGCAAAGAUGUCGGGAGGAAGAGGAGGAGGAGAUGCCAGGUCGUGGAACUACGCUCUCUGGUCAGUCAAUGUCAACAAGCAGAAGUGUUGGCUCGCCGUCCAGCCGGAGUGAACAGACAAUGGCAACGCCAUCUAGUGAUAACACUUGUCUUAGAUUAAACCAUCUUGACAUACAUGGUGAUGAUGCUGGAUCACAGGGCGCAGUUGCAAGCAAGAAGAAAAAGAGAGGCCAACGUGCUGUUGGAGGGGAUAAGAGUGGAAGAGGGCUCCGCCAAUUUAGUAUGAAAGUGUGUGAGAAGGUGGAAAGCAAGGGAAGAACAACUUAUAACGAGGUAGCAGAUGAACUUGUGGCUGAAUUUGCUGAUCCAAGCAAUAGUGUUUCUUCCCCUGAUCAGCAACAAUAUGAUGAGAAAAACAUUCGUCGAAGGGUCUAUGAUGCUUUGAAUGUUCUCAUGGCAAUGGAUAUUAUUUCUAAGGAUAAAAAAGAAAUACAAUGGAAGGGUCUUCCUCGUACUAGUCUGAAUGAUAUUGAAGAACUAAAGACGGAGCGUCUUGGGCUGAGGAAUAGAAUUGAAAAGAAAGCAGCCUAUUUGCAAGAACUGGAGGAACAAUACAUAGGUCUUCAGCACCUUAUACAACGAAAUGAACAAUUAUAUAGCUCAGGAAAUGUUCCCAAUGGAGUAUAUUUGCCUUUUAUUCUGGUGCAGACACGCCCCCAUGCUACUGUUGAAUUGGAAAUAUCAGAAGAUAUGCAGCUUGUGCAUUUUGAUUUCAAUAGCACUCCUUUUGAGCUGCAUGAUGACAGCUAUGUUCUCAAGGCAAUGGAAUUUUGUCCGAGACUUCAGAAUGAUAAUAUAACACACAAUCCUACAGAGGGAGGCGAAGGUUCUAGCAUGUCAGGCUUGUAUCAAGCACAGGUUCCUACCUUAGUUUCAAACCCGUCAGUUAGGCUUCCUUCAUCACCUCCACUCCCUGGAAUAUUAAAGGCAAGAGUUAAGAAUGAGCAUUAAUCUGCAAUUUUGUUGUAUGGUCUUAUUACCUUUUUUAGGCAUGUUUGUAUAUUUUGUAAAGUAAUUUGCUGGCAAUUAAUUGUCCUUCAUAGUUGUUACUCCAUCAGUACAGCUAAGUCACUCUGAAAUAGGUUAGAAGCAAAUCGUUCUGCUUGCUUCUCUCUAUUCUUAUGGGUUGAUUUUGGCAAAUUCUUCGCUAACCAUAUCCACUAUUCACUACCGUAACUUUGUUCCCCCUGCAUUUUCUCUGUAUUUGCCCUGUUGUAGUUAUAAUAGAGAAAUUGGUUUGUACUAGUCCAUAGAGAUGACGGAAUGCUAUUCACCAGCAAAGGAUUAAUUUUGGAAACCACUGGUUUAGUGUAAAUUGUUCCAUCUUAUGUCGAUCUUGGGGUAUUU